GUCUCCCCAGCGUCGCACCGCCCAGUGUCCGGCCCUCGCCCCGGCCCGACGUGUCCCCACCAGCCACGGGAACCUUUCUGCUCUACGCUCAGGGACAGCAAAUCGGUUACCUCCCGCUCAACGGCACCCGGCUGCAGAAGGAGUCGGCGAAGACCCUGCUCUCCCUGCAUGGCUCCAUCGUGGUGGGGAUCGACUAUGACUGCCGGGAGAAGACGAUCUAUUGGACUGAUGUAGCCGGCCGGACCAUAAGCCGGGCGAGUCUGGAGCCAGGUGCUGAGCCGGAGACCGUUAUUAACUCAGGGCUCAUCAGCCCCGAGGGGCUGGCAGUGGACCACCUGCGCCGAGCCAUGUUCUGGACUGACAGCGGCCUGGAUAAGAUCGAGAGAGCCCGGCUGGAUGGCUCCGAGCGGCGAGUGCUCUUUGACACGGAGCUUGUCAACCCCCGGGCCAUCGCGGUGGACCCCGUCCGAGGCAACCUUUACUGGACGGACUGGAAUCGUGAAGCACCCAAAAUCGAAACUUCCACUGUCAACGGAGCCAACAGGAGGGUCCUGGUGAAUAAGGACAUCGGCUUGCCCAACGGCCUGACGUUUGACCCCUUCUCCAAGCUGCUCUGUUGGGCUGACGCAG